CUGCUGUCGCUCUCGCCGCCGCCGCUGCGUCACCGCUGCUGGAAGACAAGGGUCCAGACCGCGGCCUCCUGCUCCGCCCGCCUUCAGGAGAGAAAAAAAAUAAAAAUAAAAACUUGGGAAAAACUAUACCUGCCAGUAUUAGCAAGAGCUUGAGUUAAGAAGAAGUUUGUCAAACUCAACAGAUUGAAGCUUAACACCACAAGAGUUGUAGUUACUGACCAGAAAUAUGGACAGACUUCUUAGACUUGGAGGAGGUAUGCCUGGACUGGGCCAGGGGCCACCUACAGAUGCUCCUGCAGUGGACACAGCAGAACAAGUCUAUAUCUCUUCCCUGGCACUGUUAAAAAUGUUAAAACAUGGUCGUGCUGGGGUUCCAAUGGAAGUUAUGGGUCUGAUGCUUGGAGAAUUUGUUGAUGAUUACACCGUCAGAGUGAUUGACGUGUUUGCUAUGCCACAGUCAGGAACAGGUGUCAGUGUGGAGGCAGUGGAUCCAGUGUUCCAAGCCAAGAUGUUGGAUAUGUUGAAGCAGACAGGAAGGCCUGAGAUGGUUGUUGGUUGGUAUCACAGUCACCCUGGCUUUGGUUGUUGGCUUUCUGGUGUGGAUAUCAACACUCAGCAGAGCUUUGAAGCCUUGUCAGAGAGAGCUGUGGCAGUGGUUGUGGAUCCCAUUCAGAGUGUAAAAGGAAAGGUUGUUAUUGAUGCCUUCAGAUUGAUCAAUGCUAAUAUGAUGGUCUUAGGACAUGAACCAAGACAAACAACCUCAAAUCUGGGUCACCUAAACAAGCCAUCUAUCCAGGCAUUAAUUCAUGGACUAAACAGACAUUAUUACUCCAUUACUAUUAACUAUCGGAAAAAUGAACUGGAACAGAAGAUGUUGUUAAAUUUGCAUAAGAAGAGUUGGAUGGAAGGUUUGACACUUCAGGACUACAGUGAACACUGUAAACACAAUGAAUCAGUGGUAAAAGAGAUGUUGGAAUUAGCCAAAAAUUACAAUAAGGCUGUAGAAGAAGAAGAUAAGAUGACACCUGAACAGCUGGCAAUAAAGAAUGUUGGCAAGCAGGACCCCAAACGUCAUUUGGAGGAACAUGUGGAUGUACUUAUGACUUCAAAUAUUGUCCAGUGUUUAGCAGCUAUGUUGGAUACUGUUGUAUUUAAAUAAAGCAAUGCAAAAAGCUCUUAGUGAUACUUUCAGUGUAUAGUCCUCUUGUUCCUAAUGCUCAAAAUCAAGGGACCUCUGAAGGUGUAUUUGGUUAAAUGUAAGACAUCUGGCAUCAUUUGCAGCACUGUAACACCUUCAGUCUCCGUGUGCAAUUACUUCUGUUUCUUUAGUCAGGGUCUUUGCAGAUUCCAAAGUUGUAUAAGAAUACAUCAAAGUGGACAAAUUUUGUUAAGAUCCCAUUUAAUAUUUGAAGAAAUCAGUAACACAAAUAUAUUUUGAUUGUUGCUUACAA